UGUUUACUCCGUAUUGGAUGUAUAAAUAUUGAAUCUUUGGUCGACCCCUUUGCUAUUCCUUUACCAUCCCGCCCAUAUCAGCGAAACUCUUGGAAUGGACACCCCACCAUUCGGAUCAUCUUCGACAAGCUCCAACAGCGGUGUUUUCAUCUUUGACCCUGCAACGCCGUCGCGGUCAUCAGAACGUCGCCCAAAGUCCACCCUAUCAGGCCUGUUUCACCAGAACUCUUCGGAUCGGGAAUCCACACGGCCUUCCUCGAGGCGCUCUAAUGAAUCAUCAAACGUUAGCCUUAGUCCUGCUCGCCAAAACGAUGCGAGUCAGACCACUACACUGGCACAGAGCAUGUUUAGGUUAGACCCUAGGUCGCAAACCUCAGGAACAAGUUCUCAAAAUGCCACAUCGUGGGAGCCAUCCCGGUUCGAACAUACUGACUUCACAUUUGCCUUGUCCCCUCGUAAUGUUCCCCUUCCACCGAGUGUGUCUAGCAGGACACCGUCUGAACUAUCCAGAUCAACAGCGGCCCCUCGUAAUGUCGCUCUUCCGGCGAGUGUGUCUAGCAGGACACCAUCGGAACUAUCCAGAUCAGCAGCAGCCCCCUUUAGAGCGUUAAAUGAAAUUCAUCCCAACUCAAUGAGACAAUCAUCUUCAUCGGCUUCAGCACGAACCAGCAGCCCGACGUCCGUCUCUGGCGGCAUCACAAUUUCCGAAUUAUUCAAUCCUGCACCUCGCAAUGCGGCAUCUGGUUCCGCGCCCUCUAUCCGAAGUUCUAUUAGCCACAUAUCCGUAGUCGAUGGCAUUGCGCAAAUGAAUAUCAAUGGAGGAUAUAAUUCAUCCUCGAACCGGACGACACACCCUACUUUGCCUCGCGGAAGCCCACACGGGGACGAUUUUCACCGGCCACAAACCGACUAUCGAUACCCUAUCGAACAGGAGACUCUUCAAGAGAAUCAGUCGUACUUCAACGCGGAAUUUCAAACCAAGUUGAGAAAUGGAACUGAGGUUGCUCAAAUUAUUGCAGAGCUUCUUCGCGAUCACUUAGCACUGUUUGUUAAUGCGAGAAAUUCUUCCGUUGCAGUUAGACUCAGGGAACGGUUCCCUGACGUGGAGUUUGAGGUCUUUUGCGUUGACAUGGGUCAUUAUCAAAGGCCUUUCAAUGAAAAGCAAGUUAAACUGAGCGGUAUACCGACAUUGAGACGAUUCUGCCAUUCUAUUCCGGCAGCAUCGUUAUACGCGACCGGUUGCAAUUUUCUGAACAUUUCACUGCCAUCUCUUGUUAACUCUCUAGAAGUGUGGUAUGAUUCUGGUACCCAUGCGAGAAGCCAACUUGAACCUUUGUUGAAUCGAGUUUCAAUAAGGGAUUUAUUUGAGAAACUCGACUCACUAAAGCAGAACUGGACGGAUGAGCAGCAUCAUUUGGGUCAAGCCUCCCUAAGGACCUCUUACAGACGAAAUAGAGAAGCAAUACAGGCUGCAGCCAACGCUGCUUGCGAGGAAUGGGACAGUUGGCAUCACGGUUCCUACAUUUCGUGGUGUAAGCAUUAUGGCACCAAUUCUACUAGAACACAAAAGGAUAGGUGCUGGAAUACAGAACUCAUUUCCGGUAUGACAAGUAAUACCGCGGUUGCAUGGGAAACUUUGGAUGAAAGGGCAAAUAAUAGUUUUGACAAGUGGUUUGACGUGCUAAGCUCUGCCCUUGACGGCCUUAAGGAAAAUGCUCGAGGUUUGCUACCGCGGUCCCUAUUAUCCAGCUUUAUAUAUUGGAAAUAUGACAUCGAGCGGAUCAUACAAGAGGCUCAACUCGCGUAUAUGAACUCGCUAAGGUCCCUGAAACGGGAUGCUACUGGUGGCCAUGCCAUAUCGCUUAUUACUAAAAACAUGACUCCUGCUUACCGGAUUUGUGCACGAGAUAGAGGAUCUGGUGUACACGUUCGCUCGCAAUGCCGUAUCCAUAAUCAGGUUAAGAAUACAGGCAUAUUCGACUCUAUCGAUCAGGAAGUUCAAAGAUCACUGGAAGCGUUUGCCCAAAGGACGGCAUCAUCCUUAUAUGAACAAGUCAAGGGCGUUUUUGAAGCAAUUGAUAGUGCAAUUGCUGCUGUGGAUACGGCAGAUGAAACAUUAAUAGAGACUCAUCCUGCGUUUUUUUGAAAGCAUGGGGCGGGUAUUGCCUUGGGCCAAGGAUUUUGUGACUCAACUUAAAGAACACAGAGAAGAAAGUGUGCUUUCCACCGACCAGGCAUAAUGUUCCACAUCCAAGUAAAUUGGAAAACUGGCCAAGGGGACGGUAACACAUGUUUAGAGAAUACAAAGUUAAUCAUUUGACAGGA